CUCCGACGGAGAUCCUCCGUCCUCAUGAUCUCAUGAAUAAAUUAUAGCAGCUCAUUGUGCAACAGAGGGAGGUAGCAAACUAGCAAACUGAGCAGUGGAAACGCUGCCGAGGAGUGCACAGAACUCGGAAUCCACACAAGCGAGAGUGCAGCUUGCCCUCACUUUCUGUAACGUCACUGAAGAGUCAGCUAGCUAGCUAGUCUGGCUAACAAAACUAGGAACUCACAGUGUGAACAAGGAUCAGAUCACGACCUUGCCGUAGUGGUAGCCAGCGAGCUACAAAGAUAUAGCUACUGUAUUAUAGUAGCGAGACCAAAAGGGGAGUAGCAAGAUUUUACCGAUACAAUGAUGGAAAAUACUACUUAGCUAGCCAAGGUAUCUUGUCAACGAAACGGUUGGCUUGAUAUCUAGAGAAAAGCACUGAACGUUAGCGAGAUCAUUUAUCUGGUUCUGUAUCAAUCGACAGUCUAGGACAGCUAACGUAGCCGACACAAUUCUUGACUUCACUCUAGUAAUCUAGUUUAGGUGUCCAGUUAGAUAAAGCAUCAGCAAAGAAGCUGGUCCUAAUUUUUCAACAUAUUUGCUCCAGCCUGCUGUAUAUCUGCCGUGGACCAAAGACUGUAGCAGACGCAGAUCAACCUCAGGCAGUUAAGAGUCGAAGGCUGCCUGUUGGGUUGAGGAGUUUUGGGGCUCCGUGCUGACCCCAACGCCCCUCCGAUGAACCCCAUCAACUCCAUGAAACCUGCCCUGCCUCCAACGCCACACAGUGACGGCUCCUACCCGUAUGACCCUGUCUCCUGGCAGCAAGGCACCAAUCAGCCUGCAGGCUCCCUCUCCGUGGUAACCACAGUGUGGGGGGUGACCAAUCCUUCGCCCAGCCAGGUUUUGGGCGCGCCCAUGGGCCCUGGUGGAAACUCUGCUGGAAGUCACAUGAUGCCCGGUAGCAGCCCCGGUAUGAACUCUGCGCAGUUCCUGGGCCAGCAGGGCUACCCCGAGCCCAACAAGGGCUACAUGCAGCAGGGCCUGUACGGGCGCCAGGGCGGGGGCUACCCCGCGGGGCCUGGCUACGGGGGCAGCUACCCUAAUAACGGCGGAGGGUCCCUGGGCAUGCCCCCCCAUGGCGUCCGGCCCCCGACGGACUUCACCCAGGCGGCGGCUGCAGCAGCGGUGGCGGCGGCUGCUGCCACGGCGACUGCCACCGCCACGGCAACGGUUGCCGCAAUACAGGAGAAGCAGAACCAGGAGCUGACUUACGGCCAGGGCGGAGCCUCCUCCUACGGCAGCCAGUUCAUGCCGCAGUCCGGGCCCCGGGGCCCCCCAGGCAUGGCCCCCACGGGAAUGGUCCCCUCCCGUCCUCCUUCGAUGGGCCCCAUGUACAGCACCCAGGGCCAGAGGCUGCCCCAGCACCCGGGGUAUGCCGGGGGGGGCCACCAGGGGGCCCCCCGGCCGCAGCAGGGGCUGAAGCGCUCGUACAACUCUGAGGCCUUCCCGGGGCAGCAGUAUGGUCCAGGCAUGGGCAGUGUGGGGCCGUACCCUGGCCAGCCCAUGCAGUACCACGGCCCCGGGCCCCAGAGGUCGGCCCCCUCCCCCUCCUACCCCGGGAGGAUGCCCCUGCAGCAGGCCGGCAUGGGCCAGUACCCCCCGGGCCCAGGCAGUGCCGGCCAGUACUACAAGGCUGAGCAGUUCAACGGGCAGGCCAACACCCUCAGCGCUCUGACAGCAGGGGGCGCCGGUGGGGGAGGAGGAGGCUACACCACCUUCAACCAGGCGGCAGUCAACGGGCCGGGACGGGCGAUGCCGGGGUACCCCAGUUCUCCUCUCCCAGGGAACCCCACGCCGCCCAUGACGCCUGGCAGCUCCAUGCCCCCGUACAUGUCCCCGGGGCACGACGUCAAAUCACCAUUCCUCCCUGACAUCAAGCCAAACAUGAGCUCCCUGCCGCCGCCCCCUACAGGUAACCCCAGCGACGACCUGCGUUUGACCUUCCCCGUGCGGGACGGAGUGGUCCUGGAGCCCUUCCGCCUGGAACACAACCUGGCUGUCAGCAACCACGUCUUCCAACUGCGCGACUCCGUGUACAAGACGCUCAUGAACAGGCCGGACCUGGAGCUGCAGUUUAAGUGCUACCACCACGAGGACCGGCAGAUGAACACCAACUGGCCAGCCUCGGUGCAGGUCAGCGUCAACGCCACGCCGCUCACCAUCGAGCGCGGCGACAACAAGACCUCCCACAAGCCCCUGUACCUGAAGCAGGUGUGCCAGCCAGGGAGGAACACCAUCCAGAUCACCGUCACGGCCUGCUGCUGCUCGCACCUGUUCGUGCUGCAGCUGGUGCACCGGCCGUCCGUACGGUCUGUGCUGCAGGGUCUGAUGAAGAAGAGGCUCCUCCCGGCCGAACACUGCGUCACCAAGAUAAAGCGGAACUUCAGCAGUGGCACGAUCCCCGGCACCCCGGGGCUGAACGGGGAGGACGGGGUGGAGCAGACGGCCAUCAGAGUUUCCCUCAAGUGUCCAAUCACCUUCCGCCGCAUCCAGCUGCCUGCUCGCGGCCACGACUGCAGACACAUACAGUGCUUUGACCUGGAGUCCUACCUGCAGCUGAACUGUGAGAGAGGAACAUGGCGCUGUCCUGUGUGCAAUAAAACCGCUCUUCUGGAGGGCCUGGAAGUGGACCAGUACAUGCUCGGAAUCCUCGUCUACAUCCAGAACUCGGAAUAUGAAGAAAUCACGAUCGACCCAGUGUGCAGCUGGAAGCCGGUGCCCAUAAAACCGGACCUACACAUCAAAGAGGAGCCCGACGGGCCGGCGCUGAAGCGCUGCCGCACCCUGAGCCCCAGCCACAUGGUCCUGCCCAGCGUCAUGGAGAUGAUCGCGGCGCUGGGCCCGGCCUCCUCGCCCUACUCCUCUGUGCCACCAGGGGGCAGCAGCAGCACGCCGGACUACCCCAGCCAAGGAUCGGGGUACUCGAGCCAACCGGGCUUCUCGGAUUUCCCAAACACUCCUGGGACCCCAACUCUCGGGGAGUUCUCCUCUGGACCGCCCCCCCUCUCCUACCAGGCCGAUCUCCCCAGUGGGCUCCUCACCCCCGAAAAGCCAGUGGGGCACCCCAUGUCUGCACAGAUGUCCCAUUCAGGCCGUGUGGACCCUUCCCAUAACCCCCUGCAGCAGCAGCAGCAGCAGCAGCAGGGUCUUCAGGGCGGGUCACAUCUUGGAGGCCCAGGGCCACCCAUGCUCUCCCGCAACCCCGCCCAGAACGCCAGGAUACACACAGAAGGUUCCUUUGGGUUAGGAGGACCGGGAGAGGUCCCAGAACCUUCUCUGGAUUUGCUUCCAGAGCUAACCAACCCAGACGAGCUACUGUCGUACCUGGGCCCCCCUGACCUCCCCAACAACAGCAACGAUGACCUGCUCUCACUCUUUGAAAACAACUGAGGCCCCACUGCGCCUCUUAUCCAUCUCCCAUGAUCCUCUGCGACACAGUGGCUUCUCUCUCUCCCAGCAGUCUGGUGGGAAAAAUCGUUUAAGAAACACCCAUCUCGAUCUCCCCUUGAGUCUGCGACCAGUAACCAGAAAUGUGGGAAUACUGGACAGAAAAAUUUAAAACGACUUUUGUAAAGAAUAAAAAUGUUAGGGUUUGUUUGACUCCCUAUGAACUAUGUCCCCAUGUCCCUAUGAACUAUGUCCCCAUGUCAACAGAUUUUAUUUUUAAAAAGUUGCCUCACAGUUUCCUCCUCGCUACCCCACCCUUCCCUCUCUCUCUCUCUCCCUCCACCUCUCCCUCCCUCUCUCUCUCCCUCCCUCUCUCUCUCUCCCUCCCUCUCUCUCUCCUCCCUCCACCUCUCUCUCUCUCCUCCCCCCACCUCUCCCUCCUUCUCCCCCUCUCCUCCCUCCACCUCCCCUUCCCCCUCUCUCUCCCUCCUAACUUUUUUACCUUUAGGAGAUAAAUGUACCAGUAGAGGCGUUUUAUCUGAAUUCCUGUCGUUAAUGGGGUAUAUUGUGUUGGUUGGCUAUUAAAACUGCUGAAACAUAUUCCAUUUGAAUGAUCUCAGUGACGAAGGCAGGCAGGGUCGGUUUUCUGUGAAAAGAUCCUCAUUCUGAAAAAUCAUGGAAAAGACACGGAGAGUGGUCAGAUUAUCCCCACUAUCCUUGAAACGUCAUGUUCAAAAGUUCAUUCUUUUUUUUUCUUCUCUAAACUAUUGAAAUAUUUCCAUCUUGCCAGCCAACUCGACAGCUUGAUGUAAUUUACUAUCGAGCCUAGCAAUGUCUGUGCUGUACCAAAAGUCAUUGAGUGCACUAGUAUUGGUCUGGUCGUCACUACCAGGAUUACCUGCAAGUGUGUCAAAUUUUUAGUCACCCAAUUAUGUGUGAAUUUUACUAUUGCAGCAAUAAAAAAAAAAAAGAGAAUAAUUUAGAAUCUUACAUCAAUCCUUAAAAGGAAAAUUGCAAUUUUGAUUUGAUUGUGAAUUGAAUGUGAUAUGAACUUUCUUUAUUGAUAAUGGCAGGAGAGAAAGCUGGAUGUAUUGGGAAUGGGGGCGGGGAGGGGCACAUUGUACACCACCAAGCAGCAUCAAGCAUUGGACCCCUAAGCUGUUACCACUAGGUUUUCAAUGAAGAACCCACUGUAAAUUCAGUCAGCACAGAUCCCUUUGGUUUGUCCUGAAUGUUCACGCGACUGCCACUAAAGCCAGGGCCCACACGCUCACCACUGUCAUAAAACCGCAAAUUGCUAGAAGGUGCCCAAACAAGAUGCUGGCAUCUUUCGACAAAGGCUACAGUCAAAUGCAAUAACACCUGAGCCAAACAAUGCAGUGAUAUAGAGGGGGACAAUGGCAUAGUUUGGGCGGACUAGUGUCUUGUACUACUCUGCCCUUUUGUGCCACCAGCCUGGCAAUGUUUCACUGGGGCACUGUGUGACCUGAACUUUUCCAGGACAGCCGCUUUUUAAAGCUCCUGGCUCUCUGUGACGAUUCAUAUUUAACGUUUUUUCUAUCAACUGUAUCAAGAGGAGUUGAUCAGUGAAAGAUGUUUCUAAAUGAUAAAGUUCUUUGCUGGGCUUCUUCAGAGGCGAAAAACAGUGUAAAUGGUGAAAUCGUUUUUGACGAAAAACGAAAGUGUGGAGUAGCGCUCUUUUUUUAAUAUUUUUUUUUCAAAGCAAAGCAGUGUGUAAACAAAACAAGAUGGAUAAACAAACUCUUUGGACCUUUGGUUGAUUUCACAUACUGUAAGGCGAUGAAUGUGAGGUGAACGGACCCACACUGCUCUGCAUGGUUUCCCCAUGAGGAAGGGUUGAAACAGUCCAUAAGUGUAAUUAUACCAGUGCGUUUUUUUCCCCUGGGCGUAGCCUCCCUCUCGACAGCGGAGGCUGUCCGCUGUCCCUGGGAUGGACCUGCUCUGUCAGCAGUCCCCUCCUCCGUGUACAGGCAAAAAAAAAAAAAAAAAAAAAAGGCCCUUUGUGUUUGCUUGUUCUCCGUCUCGUUUAAAAAAUGAACUUUAUCCUCCCGAGUUUUUGCCUCGUCUCCCCUGUCUGUGAAGGAGGCUAGUGCGCAGAUGGUCGCAUCUGAACGGCAGUGUUGCAUCGUAACAACUCGUGAAAGUCUCUUGAAAUUUUUCUGUUUUUUUUUGUUUUUUGUUUUUUUUUACUGUUUAUUUUUCUGUUUGAUAAAACGGCGAGCUGUAAGCACCCUGAGGCUGACCGGACAGUGAAUAGCUCUCUGCGUGUGUCGGUUCUGGGCCACUGCCUGCCCAUGACUGCAGCUCACCCCCCCACCUCUUAGACCUUGGCUUUGAAAGCAACCCCCCCCCCUCCUCCCCCUCCAACACACACACACACACACACGCACACAAAACAUUUUUUAACUGUUUAUAAUGUUUCAUUUCUGACUGGAAACUGUGCCAGUGCUUUUUAAUCCUGAUAAUGCCAUGGAUGUACCGAUGGUCUAUGAACUCUUUCUGUAUUAGACGGGAGCUUGGAGGAGCUGAGAGAUCUGUUAUUGAAAAUGGAUGCUAAUAAUCAUUUUCCUGUUAUUGUCAUUUCAAAGCACAAUAAUCGUUUGCCCCAGUGUGAUGUAUAUAUAUGUGCGUGUGUGCAUAUGUAUAUCUUAUAACCACAUGUGCACGUAUGUGUGUCAAUGUGUUCGUAUACACACGCAUACAUAAAUGCAUACAUACAUAUUACACAUGUAUGUAUGUGUAUAUGCAUUAUAAACACUAUGAGAAGUGUGCAUAAGGGGAGGUGCUGUUUGUUUUACUUCCCCCUUCCCUUUUUCUCUCCAUCUCUUUCUUCUCAAAGAGAAUCUAUGUUUAAAAAGGAUUGGAGUUCACCAUUCUGUUCAUUGUUCUCGGUCUGAUUUUAUUUAUGACAUCUGUCUGGGAACUGUCGGCUACGUGCAGUUUGUAUGAUAAAGACCCAGUGAAAACGGUGUGCGAUGGGUUUUAUUUCAAAGUUAUUUGUGUAUCAUAUUCAUCUUUUUUAUUAAUAAUAUUAUUAAUGUUAUUAAAGAUAAUUGGUGUACCCUGA